AUGCGUCUCUCUUCUGUCGUCUCUGUCGCCAUUGCAAUUGUUUGCUUGACGACAUCCCAUUUUGCCCAAGCCAGGAUUUCGUUACCAGACCUCGUCGGUGGAAGGGACGAUGCUGCCAGCAUGAAAAGAAUUCGAACAAGCAAAGAGAAUGAGGAGGAACGAGGUGCACUUAAGACAAUUACAAACAUCGCUAACAGGGUGCAAGUCAAAACAGCGGCGAACGGUUUGCUGGCAGAUUCUGGCAAGGCGCAUGGCGUAUACAGAAAGUGGGCUGCGAAGGGUUAUACUUUGGACGACAUUCGUAACUUCUUAAAAGUGACGGACCCCAAGAUGAAGGGAAAGUACCAACAAAUCGUCGACGACUACAAUAGGCACCUUUUCCUGAAUUGGGCGGCACAGCUGGCCCAACAUAGAAUCGAACGCUGA